AAUUGGCGGCAGUUAUAUUGACAUGUGAAGAGACAGAUCUUGACAAAAGAAUCACAGAAGUCUUAGAAGAAGUUGAUGUCACCAGCAGUCAACCCCCAGCAUGGUUUCAACGUGAACCUGGCCCUGAUCUACCUAAAGAUGUUGGAACUAUGGCUGAUACUCUGCGAGAAUUGAGUGAACUGUCCUCACUUGAUGCGCGCGGUGCUCCUGAUAUUGCGCAUAUUUUAAACAGACAUCUAGACCAGAGACAAGAACACGCAACGUUCGAUUUGAAGAGGUAGGGAAUAGUGAUCAUAUAUAUAUAACUUAAACCUGCAGGAACCGAUAGGUAGUCGCAAUAGACAAUGGAAUGUCUGACUGAAAAGUAGUCAGUCGCGGAAAGUAUUUGAAAUACAUUACAUAUAUAGAUGAGAAAGAAUUUGUUACGUUUUGUAGUAUAUUGGUUCAUUUGUUUCGUAUUUUCUGUUGUUAUAUUUUGGCAUUGACAUUAAAACAUAUAGUUGUGAACGACUUGAACGAAUUUUCACGAAACAAAGAAUUAUACGCUGUGCUUUACAUUUGGAUUGAGAACAAUCUUAAUUGUCAAUAAGAAAUAAACAAGUUACCUUUCUAUCUAAAAUGAGAGCAUGACAGAUAUUUGGCGAAAUAUGAUGACAUAUACGAGUGUAGUUCUUAGAAGAAACUAUUCAUUUCAUUUUUAGAGAAAGUUGGCCACAAAGUGAAGUACUUCUCUCCAGAUCUCCAACCGCGUUUUUUCAAGGAACAGCACGUUGUUCAUCACCAUUUCGUAAGUUUCGAGAUACCAACUAUCACUUUCUGUUGGCGCAUGAGACAUUAGUAAGACAAAGAAAACCAUCCGGUUAUAUAAUCCAGUGACGAUCAUGAAACGCAUUAAGGAAUAUUUAUGCAUGGCCCUUUACCUAUCACGAAGGAAUACUUAUGUCCCUGUACCUAAAAACAAACGAAUAUUUAUGGACCUUUACCUAACACGAAGGAAUACUUAUGGCCCUUUACCUAAUACGAAUGAAUACUUAUGGCCCUGCCUAAUACGAAGAAAUAUUUAUGGCCCUUUACCUAAUACGAAUGAAUACUUAUGGCCCUUUACCUAAUACGAAGGUAUAUUUAUGGUCUUUUACCUAAUACAAAUGAAUACUCAUAGCCCUGGACAUCUUGUGUUUUACUGCAAUUAUGUUGAAACGAGACCGGACGAAUUCGGAGCCGCACGCAAAUUGUCUGAUUCCAUUUGUUCAUAUAGGGGAUUCGUACCGUUACCUGUGCUCGAAUUUACCCGGUUUGACACGUCCCAUGCGAACUUGAAAGGCAAUAAAUCGUGCAAAUGUGAGCACGCGGUUUCGAAUUCAUUUGGUCCCGUGUGAAUGGAGCCUAUAAGUGUUAAAGGUAAAGGGCCAUAAGCAUUCCUUCGUAUUUGGUAAAGGCUCGACAUGAGUAUAUUCCUUUGUGUUAGGUAAAAGGUCGUAAGCAUUCCUUCGUAUUAGGUAAAGGGCCAUGAAAAUUCUGAAAAGUCCCAACCUGCAGCGGAAGUGAUGUAUUUAGGCCACCGUUUUCUCCCGCCCGCCCAUUCUACCGCCUUAAUUUUCCCGCCCACAAGUCAUCCACAAAAAACCCGGCUGCUACGCAUGCAGGCCAUACCAUUUUCACAGAUUUUUCCAGUUUUAAGCCCUUGAAUUUAUUUUAAAAACGUCCUUAAUUAAUAGUCCUGGAAAAAUCAUUUUCUAUCACCUGCCGAUCUAGCGUUGCCGAUUGGGAUGUUCUUUUAGUUUUGAUUCUUUUCGAAAUCAAACUAUCCCAAAUCAUUAUUUUGAGAGAUGCAGGUGAAUUUUGUGAAUCAUAUUCGCGACAAAUGUUCAGUCCAUUAUAUAAUUUGCAUAUUAUUAUUAUAGAAUUUGGAUUUCUUUGCUCGGUAAUCCUGUUCCAUUUUGGCCUGUUUCAGACCCAGAAUAUUUCAUGCGCGGCGAACCAUCUAAAGGCCUGAUUCCACGAGCGCUUUUUCCUGACGAAAUUCGAAACAUUUUGCACGAAAUGAAUGAUCACAUGCGCAGUAAAGAUACGUUAGGUUUUGCGAGAAAAAAAGCGAAAAAAGUGGGAAAAUUCAAUAAAAUCAUUCAUGACUUCAUGUUUCAUCGUGGAAUCAGGCCUUAAUUAAUGCAAAUAAUCUCAAACAAAGAGCUCGGGGACCGGUUGUUCAAAGGGUUUUGUAUUUCUGCAUGUUCGUUUGUUUCGAAAUUUUUAAAAAUAAAAUUUCUAUUGUCCAGACAUAAUUCCUGGAAAAAUAUCUCCAAAUUUAUAAGUAAGCUGUUGGAUACAUUGUUUGAAGUUUUUCGUUAGCUCAUGAUUAAGCUGCCCCCUGGUCAUUUACAAGUUCUCCGUCUGAAACAUACCUUACUUGCAAGUUAAUUUUCUAGGGAAUGACGAUAAUCAACACGAAACUAUGCUGACAGCAGCAGAAUUUAUUAUCUUAGAGACCAUUGUGAGGUGUUAUACCACGCUUGACCUCAAGGUAUUAUUGAAUAAACUAGAAGUUACUAUCGCAAGAGGAAUGCUGCCUUGUUGACCAGAUUGCUUACAAUAUCGAAACAUGAUUCGUUGCAUGAAUCCCUUAACAUGUUUUCCAUUUCAACCAGAUCGUAACGUGCUGUAUAGAGUUCCUAGCGCUCAGGAAACAAAAUUAUACGCUAAAUUUCGGUAUGGCAUGCAUGGUUGAGGUGGAAAUAAGCGAAUAUAUUCUAUUUAUCAUAUUAUAACAUAUCAAUCUCAAAACAACCACAGCUGAAAUCUACUGCCACUGACUAAUAUAACUACUAUUGGCUAUGACUAUGUGUUAAUUGUUUAUAUUGUGUCUUGUGACAUAUAUAUUUUACUUCUGUAAAUGUGUUGGUUGGUUGUAGUACGGUUGUGGUGGGUCUUGUGGUUGAUGGUUAAAAGAACCAUAGUUAACAUUUGAACAACAUGCAGGACCAUUUCCUGGGGUAGUGGCAAUAAGCCCUAGCGACUUUUUGUAACACGAAUAAAUGUAACACGAGACAAUGCCGACAAUUACCGCGACACCAGCUAGAACGGUUAUAACAACAGCCCAAGCAGCCAAAGUACAGGUUCCAGUUUGACAGGCAGAAUCACAACAAUAGUCAUUGGGACCGCCACAAUCUAGAUCAGUGUUACAAAAAUAUCCCACACAGCUCUUCCGACAUACGUCAUUACAACAGUAGCUCUCUACGCCGCAGUCUGAGUUAAUUAUACAAGAUUGGCUGAUACAGUUGGCGAGACAUACGAAAUUACAACACAUAUUUAAUCCUUCACAGUCAACGUCUGACAUGCAGUAAUGUAGAGUUUCUCCUCGAGUUUCUCUGUAGGACACAACAAACACAACAGCACACAAGACUACUUUCACAAACGCCAUACUUUCGUCAAUUGCAGCGAAACAGAAGUGUUCGUGCACUUAUAUUGCAAUAUUUUUGUAAAUUUAAAUUACGGUAUGCCAUACAUGGCCCUGUUGUACGAAGGGCAGAUAUCGCUGCAUCCACCAAAUCGUGAUCUUUUAUGCUUUCACAAUUGGAUGUUGAUCGGUGUAACGCAGGCGAAAUCUUGAGUAUUGGGUUCCGGUGUUGCUUAAGAAUAUCAAUAGACGUUCCAGGGUCUGGAAAUUCGGCUAUGCAGUCUGAGACUUUAUAUAUUUCUUGGUUUACGGAUCUGCUGAGCCUAAAAAUCUGGAAAGUCUGACAAUUGGUAGUUUUGUGGCCUUGGGGUCUUUAUAGUCAGAAGUCACAUUUUUUAGCAUAUUGGAAUAAUUCUUUGUUUAUGUAGAAUAACAAAAGUCUGCAGAAAGGUAGUAACUAUAACGCAUGUAUGUGAUAAUCAAUGCACAAACCAAUAGUAAUUAAAUAAAUAGACUGCGGAGAAAAAGAUUUAAUAAAGGUUUCUGAUUGGUAGCUUUGUUGAAUCCUUUUAAUUUCAUUAACUGCAGAAAUUUGGUGAACAACAUAAAUAUAUUUUACGAUGCCAGUGUGUGUACGUCGUGUUCAUUGUUCUUGUUAUUAUAGGCUCACUUCAUUGCUCAUCUACCCAACAUUGAACCACUUUGUAUGAAACUCACAGUUGUAAAUUUAUCGUUCAAUAAUUUUCGGGUAGGUAUUGGAAAUGAUUUAAUUUUCAUGAAUUUUAGUUAAACAUACAGUAUAAUAAUGUUUAAAAUAGAUAAAAUACCAAAAGUAUAAAAGAAACAUGAUAAUUAAUAUAUGUAGCUUCUAUAUGCAACUUGAAUUGCCCGUACUAUGUAACGGUCCGAAGAGCCGAACAUUAUUUUGAGAAUGAUGUUAAACAAUUAUAGAAUGAGGUUGAGUAGGAUAUGAGGAUUAAGGCCGAGGUUUGUGUUAUCUGCCGAAGGCUGAGGCAGAUGACACAAACCGAGGCCUUAAUAAUUUAUACUCAUAUAUCCUGCGAGAACCGAAUUCAAUAAUUGUUUUAUUAUUUAUUUGUAAAACAAAUAAAAUUUUCACCAUUUUUUGAGGAAGCCAUUUGUAUUUUCCCGCUUUUGGCAUAAGCCGCAUAAAUUGGCGUAACGUCAUAGCGUGUUACAUUGUUUUUCAACAUACCACGAAAUUACGUCAAACGUGGUAUAUUUGUUUUCAAUAUUCCACGGUGAUGUCAGCUACAUCGGGCAGCUACCGAGCGGAAAUGAUGAUUUCACCGACAGCUCUUAGCCAAUCAAAACUCUUGAAUUAUUUUCAAUAAAUAAUAAUAGUUUUUAUCCUAUUCACUAUAAUUCGCAUAACACUGCAAAAAAUCUUUGCGUAUUUUGACUCGGCAAAAACUUCAAAUAAUAAACCCACAGUGAUUCAACAUUUUGAGUAAAAUUACUAAAAUUUAUGAGCAAAUUUACUAAAUUUUUUGAGUAAAGUUUCAAAUUAAAGCCCAUUUUCCACCAGGCGAAUUUGUUCGCCCGAAGCGAAGCGAAAAACAAUUAAAUCUUGGCAUGUAAUGUGAUUGGUCAGCGCCGAAAAAAUUUGCCGCGAAAAGUUGGAUCAGUUCCUGCUUUUUUACUCUUCGCGUGAAAAAAUUCGCUUAGUGGAAAAUAGACUUUACUCAUUACCAUUUUUUUAGUAAAGAUUUACUUUUCUCGAAAAGAGUUAAGAUUUCUUUACUCCAAAAAGGAGUAAAUUUGCUCAUAAAUUUGAGUAAUUUUCCUCACAAUUUUGAAUCAUUGAGUCUGUAGCCGUAGUUUUUGAGUCAAAGUAUACUUAGGGAUUUUUUGCAAUGCAGUGUGCGUAUAGUAUAAGUACUAGUAGGAAUGGUGAAUUGGAUAUAUAAUAUAAUUUUCCAUUGAAAAAAACAUAAUAAACAUGAAGAAUGAAAUCAAUAUUUUUUUUAACACAACAACACGUCACUCAAAUACGUCACUCAAAUAUCUAUUCUGUAUGGUAGUAAAUGUAUUAUCAAUGUAUAUAUUAACCUGUAUUUUACUGUUUCAUGAUCAUGCAUUUCUUUGUUUUCUUAGGUUGUUCCCUCUCAAAUACUAACCAUAAAAAAUCUGGUCAAUUUAAAUUUACGAAAUAAUCCGAUAAAAGAGCUUCCUCCAGGUAAGUUUCUAUUUGCUUGGUAGGUGCAUGCAUUUAGUUUGUCUGCGUGCCUGUUGUGCGGAUUUUGUGAUGAGAUUUCCUGCAUGUCUUAAAAUAUUGUCUUUGAUGGUGCACAGUUUUAUGUUAUAGUAUGUGGUAAGGAUUGAGAUUAUAGUGGCAGGGUCGGCGUUAGAAUUAAGAUUAGAAUUAUAAUUUUAGGAUUAUGAUUAGCAAAUUAGGGGGUGCGUUCCUUUAGUGCAAUCCGGAUUUGGAUCUUCAAAUGCGAUUAUCGAUUUUCAGUUUCAUUUAACAAAAUCUUAAAAUAGGUUCGAAUCUGAUGAAUCCACCUCAACAUAUGGAUUUUUCGGAUUCAAUCUGAAACUUGAUUAGGAUUCAACGUUCCUUUUGUGCUUCUGGCCUUCUAGCAUGUACCUUGACUCGACCGAAAGGUAUAGUGGGACAGAAAAGUUAUUGUAAAAUGGCGGGAAAACGGCAAGCGAAUUCCAAUUUUCACAAUUCGUUCCAUUUGUUUAACGAAUCCAAAAGAUCCGAAUCCUAUAAAAAUCGAAAUCUAGAUUUACAAAAGAAACACUCCCAGGUUUAUGCAUGAUUAUACAGUAGGUUACAAUAUGUAAGUAUUAGGACCUAAUUUAGGAGUAGGGGUAGGGUUAGGAUUAUUAGGUUUUGGCGUAGGGUGGGAUUAUAGGAUUGUAAGGAUUAAUAUAAAUAUGAAUGCAAGCUUUCGUUGGUGGGGAUGCAACUACCUGAAAAUAUAUGAGGAGAAAUAUAGUUGCAUCCCCACCAACGAAAGCUCGUUCAUUUGAUUGGCACUACAUACACUGGCAAAGACAAUUCAAGAUUAAUAUAAGUAGUCGAAUAAUUUAAGGUUAUUUAAAUUGUAUAGUUGUAAUAAUUAUUAUAUUGCCAUUUAUAGAUCAUCUCAAAAAUAAUGUAAUACUGACUGUAUUAGAAUCUUUGGUCUGCAGAGUUUCGCAUUAUUCACAAUCGUUUGAGAACUUAGAGAGGAUAAACUCUGACUGCGUGAUCAAAGUAAUGCUGCAAAUAAUUAUUGCAUGCAAAUGUUUUUAUAAACCUUUUUAUUUUACUUUUGUAGAAAUAGGCCAAUUACGUCAGCUCCAGAUAUUGAUUGUUUCAUUUUGUUUAGUUUCAUGUAUCCCUGUUAGGUAAGCUCACUUUUCUCGUGCUGAGAACUUUUGCAAACAGUUGAAACUAGUUGGAGUCAAGAAAGCGAUGUAAUGCUUGUGUUUAAUAUCAGUCUAUUUAGCCUGAGAUAUCUGAGACUGUGGACCUCUCGUAUAACAGAUUGUCGUUUCUGCCAAAGGAAAUUGGAAAUCUAAGGUUUGUCAGUAUUUUAGCCUAUUGCCUAGUUAAUUUAACCUGGAAGUCCUUUGUUAGCCACCUCCAAAAUGAGGUCUAUUUAAGAGUGCUGUUGACACUUGUGGUUGACACUUGUUGUAACUGGAUUGCCUGAAAAAGAUUCAAAACAUAUUUCGAAGUGUUUUAAUAUUCCUUGUUCAGGUAAUUCAAACAAAACCACAGCAGCUCAUUGCAGAUAUACUACCUAGUAUACACUGUAUUCCCACGUUCGAAAUUCAAAUGAGACCUGUCAAGUCUUGUUAACUCCAUGAAACAUUUCCUCCAUAGGUCAUUACGUGAGUUCAGCGUUGAAGGAAACGAAUUAGGAGCGCUUCCGACUGGGAUUCUACAACUUAAGUUAAAACAUUUUCGGAUGAUGAAUAAUUUCACACAUUCAUUGUUUUGGAGGGAGACUACUAGCAACCAACCACAGGUAGGGAACACUACCUUAGGCUACGUUUGCACGCUACGAUGAAUUGUGUAUGAUUCGUAUUCUGGCGUAUUAAAAUUAGUGAUGGCGCCAUAUUUCAUUGCUGUUUCGUUAAAAAUAAAUUUCAAAUGUAGCCAGCUUACGCGUGUUCACUCAAUGACAUAUGUCAGAAAGCGAAUCGUACACGAUUAAUCGCAGCGUGUAAACGUAGCUUUAAGGGAUGUCAUGAAUGAGGCUCGGCCUGCAUGAUAUUUCAGACCUUGCCGCUGCUGUAGAAAGAAUGUUUCGCAAUCAUUUUCAACCUUUUCUUUCUUUCACCCCUUUCUUUCUUUCUUUCUUUCUUUCUUUCUUUCUUUCUUUCUUUCUUUCUUUCUUUCUUUCUUUCUUUCUUUCUUUCAACCUUUUCUUUCUUUCAACCUUUUCUUUCUUUCAACCUUUUCUUUCUUUCAACCUUUUCUUUCUUUCAACCUUUUCUUUCUUUCAAGUAACUCUUGUGUACUUUUGCGCUUUACCAGAGACUUCAGCAUUUAGUCAAUCGCUGGACCGUUAUCGAUUCUUCUUUUAUACUAUCUUAUCUUUUUGUUACCUCGUUUAGUCGUCAUUUGCUUUUUAAGAUUUUUCCACGCUGCUAAAAAACAUUAUUUUGAUUUGUAUUUUAAAAUUUAUUACAUUUAAAAAUAAUUUUGAUAGCGCUAGGCCGAUAAAAAUUAAAUUCAUUGUCAUUUUGAUCUUAUUUUCAUUUUUGUAUUCAUUUUGAUUUUGAUUUUCAUAAUUGUUAAUUUUUAAUUUAAUUUUGUUUUGAAAAAGAUUACAUUUUAAUUAAAUGACAUUUACAUUUUGUUUUAUUUCAAAUAUUAACAAAAAAAUGAAUGAUAUAUAGCGAUCGGCCACCAUGCUGUUUGAAGUUAGGAUUAAAUUUGCGCAUUAAAUUGAGCAUGAAUUAGCUACUUAGCUGUCGAAAACUUGUAGAAUUUACCUUCAAAUGUGAUAUGAAUUUUGGCGUUUGCGACUUGGUGUAACUUCAUUUUAGGGUUUCUUCAUUUGUACAAUUUUGAGCGUGAAAAUCUUUUGCUUACAACGCUUAUUGAAGACUUUAGACACAUUUCUGUAUUCGUGUUAGUAGCUAAAAAUGAAUGCAUGCAAAUAUAAAAUAAAAAGCUUUUCGAUUGUACAAAUGGUAAAAAUGACAUAAUUACUUUGAGAAAAUUAUAAAUCUUGUGAAUAUACUAUUUUUGUCACGUUUGAUAGGCGUGCUUGAAGAACGAGGCACUUUUAAAUGACCUACAUGUAGAUAGUUGUCGCGACCUAUUUGAAAUUAAGGCCAAUUUUCAUAGUUCCAAUUUUAUUACUUUCUUGUCGUAAAACAGAGAUUAUUCCACAUGGCUGCGCAGAAAAUGGUCUCAGAAAGAUAUGCUGAUGUUUCGGUUCCAGAAGAAAUAAGAAAGCAAAUUUUAAG